UUUGGAUGACGCUCCGAUCACGUGUCCAUAGGAAAUACACUCGCUAUAAAUUUUUUGGAGCUGCCUCGUCCUGCGCCGCCGACCGUAGUUGUUUUGCCGUCUCCAUACAGUGUGGCUGAAGGGUGGAAAGGUAAUAUAAUGUAAUGUACCUUGCCGUGGUCACUGACGGGUUCACGCCAGUUCACCGGGUUCACUUGAGGAGAGCUCCCACCCCCUGCUCGCCUCCUCUUCUUCUCCAAACGCAACGAUCGGAGCUAAUCCAAUAUUAUUCAUUUAUAUAUUCAUGUCGGAUUCAAUUUUUUCCCACCGACUGUUGAGCUCUUCUGCGACAUCAAGAGACUCCUUGCCAGUUAUUCAUUUCAAAGAGGAAGAUUUUCAGCACGGUGCAGGUGCUAAAUGUUGCGGAGGUUCCCUUGGAGCUGUUAAACUUGUCCAUGUGACAGGAGUCCUGCAGAGGGCAUGAAGCAACACUGUGAUAUCAUAGUGGCUGGUCCAUGACACUAAACUCCAUUAAACCCUCUCCACUCUCCACCCGCCCUCUGUUCUCAUCACACCGGACAAGCAAUCACUCACUCUCCAUCAACACAGAGCUGCACCAUGGCCAGCAAGAGGAAAUCCACGGUACCAUGCAUGAUACCAUCCAAAUCCAAACAUGUGCGUGAGGAAAUCAUACUGGGCUCGCUACCAGAACUGCUACCAACCAUCCCAGAAGACAGCAUACUCAGCAUCUCUGGAGAAAAGUCUGGCCAUUUCUCUCACAGCUCCUCCAAAUCCGACAGUGGCAGCGAGAUGCAGAAAGCAGGUGCAUACAGCUGUCCAAAGUGCCGUUUCGAGUCCAGAGAUCUAAACUACUUUUUGGAUCACAUGCACAACUGCCACUUAGACUUCAGGGCUCAGCCCACUUUCUACUGCCUGAACUGUGAGGUGUCGGUCGUCCGCUUUGAGGCUCUGGCGCUCCAUAAUGCUACCGCCCACCCUAAGGUAAUGGAGGGCUUGGUCACUGCCUCCCUGACUGUCAACAAGAGGGAUGGAGUAACCACAGUGGAGCAGAGCCUCUUCACCGAGAGCGGAGAGGACUACAGAGAAUGCUCAAUCUCCCUCACAAAAACACCUAUUGCAAAGAUGAUGAAAAGCAAGGGGGAGCACAAAAAGAUUGUGGUUUCUCACACCGUGGAGGUACGCAAGAUAGACACUGGAAAGGAUGUAGACCCCAGCAUGAUGACAAAUGUGCCUGAACUCCAAAACGGGGCUCUCAGUCUUUCUGCCGCUCCAGCUAUGCCGAGGACAACUGUCGCUCACGUGACGAGGACGACAGUGCCCAACCAAGUCUUUCACCAGCACACUCCCUCCCUUUACUCCUCCCCCUCUGAUUCCAAUAGAGACCUUCCAAAGGUGAUGAUCCCCCUCAGCAGUAUCCCCACCUACGAUGCCGCCAUGGACACCAGCAGUUUUCUCAAGACAUCCUUUGGCAAAUUCCCCUACCCGACCAAAGCCGAGCUCUGCUACCUGACGGUGGUCUCAGAGUUCCCAGAGGAGCAGAUCAAACUGUGGUUUACCGCCCAAAGGCUCAAGCAGGGCAUCAGCUGGUCUCCGGAAGAGAUCGACGAGGCCAGGAGGAAGAUGUUCAACACGGUGUUCCAGGGUGGAGCGCCGCAGAAGCAACCCGCAGUACAGCGGCACGUCAAUCACAUUGUAACCCACCACACUGUCCACGCAGGCUCAAAAGGACCAAACUUUCAGAUGGCCAAAGUUCCCUUCGGUGGUAUGAAAAGGCCUGUCGGAGCCACACAAACAAGCAUGUCAACCAACCCCAAUGUCACCAGGGUCUCGUACUCUACUCCAAUUCUCCCCCCAAGGUUCCCAUCUGUUGUCAGAACAACGCAGGUACUGACCAAGAGUGUUCAACCCACUGUGGAGCCACACAAGAGCAAUGGCCUGAGCUUGGAUAUGGCUGGAGGUGGCGUUUGUGUGAGUAGCACCAGCAGCAGUCGGAGCAGCAGUAGCAACAGUAGCUGCAGUAGCAGCAGCAGCAUCAGCAGCUAUUCCAGCAGUAGUAAUGGGGUUGAGACUCACAACAGGAAACCGGUGCAAAACAGCAGCCCAAAUAACAUCUUCGCCACUGGCCCUACCAACAUUAGCAAUAAUGAUGAGCACUGUGUUGCCAACUCCAACAGGAAAGCAAACCUUCAAAGCAGUUCGCCAAUCAGAUUGGGAGGUUCAAACGGCCCCAAGAGUCAAGUGAUCAUCGACAGCACCAGCAAAUUCACCAUCACCUGUAACAAUCACAACAACGGCAUCAUCAGUCCACAAGAGCAGGCCAGCGCCGCUGAACCGAACGACUAUCGCAUCAACAAGACCAACAACAGCAGUAUUAUCAAUGAACACCCCAGUACUCCCUGUAAUGACAGUGUCCCUAACCUGAACCAUGCCAGCAAAUCCCCAACUGAGAGCACCAGCACUUGUGUCAUUGCGAAAUCCUCUGUUUUAGACGAGGGUAAAUGCAACAAGAACGUUCCCAUAAAAGGCAUGUCGAUCCUACAGCAACUAAUCAACGACGAGAACCCAUAUGUUGGAGACAGAAGCGGCCCGGAGCUGAAGAUCAAUCCCAUCAAGAUCAACCUUAAGAGGCUGAAGAUUAACGAACCAGAUACUACGGCUGAGAUUGCACAUCGGGAUCAUAAGUCCGAGAUAGCCGAGGUGCCGUCAUUCUCACCGCCCUGGGCCAACAAGACCCCCCAGCAGCUGCACAUCCUCCGCCAGGUGUUCUCCACCACGCGCUGGCCCAGCAGUCAGCAGUACGAGGAGCUGAGCGGCCAGACGGGCCUUCCCAAGUCGGAGGUGGUGCGCUGGUUCAGCGACAGCCGCUACAGCCACAAGAACGGGCAGCCGAAGUGGCUCGAGACCUACCAACGACCACCACCACCAGUGACAGAGGAAGUGAGGAGCCACGGAGAAGCGGAUGACGAGUCGCAGAAGGACGCUCCGGCAGCCAAAAAGAAACUUGUUGAGCUCGCCGUGAACAAGCACCUUGAAGGAGAGGCAGGACUGAACGCGCGGGUUGUGUGGCAGGAUUCAUUCUCCCCGCUGCUGGGUCUGAUGGGGUCCGAGGGGAGCGUGGAUCGAGGCCGAGCUGAGGAGGCAGCGCAGCCCGUAGUCCUGCAGGACCCCUGGGCCCAGAGGGCCGAGGACCACCAGCAGCCGGAGGCCACGCAGGCACUCAUCGAACAGAGUGACGCCAAUCAGGCCAGGGAUCGCCUGAGGAUGGAGCUGCUGGAGGUGUGAUGAAGCCGGAGGAACGAGAGGUUUUUAAAAGGCUCGCUCCCCUGGACGAGGUCUAAACAAGAGUGUUCAUAAUGACAGCAGAUGUGAUUGUAGCUGGACCGAUGGACUCUGACUGUAACUGUGAAUACCCCCCAACCCUCCUCUUCCUCCUCCUCCGCCGCCUCCUCCUCCUCCUCCAUCUGCCAUCACUUCCUGCCAUCGUCAAAAGAAAGAACUUCUCACCUUUGAGUCCUGUGAUGUUUAAGCCUUUCAUGCUUCUUUGUGAUUGUGUGGGGAGGGUGCACAAUGAGGUCAGUACGAGGGAUCAAAGAAAAGAACGAGAAAAGACGCACACUGACUGGAAAACUGACUUGAAUGAGCGAAGAUAAGUAGGACCGCGAGAUAUUGUGUUUGGGUGAGAGGGAAAAAUAUAUAUAUAUAUAUAUGAUUGAAACUGCACUAAAGAGGGUUUGUACUGACUGGACAAACAAAAAGACGUGUCAAGGAAAUGUUAUUGUUGGCUUUGUGAUAUUUUUUACUUUUUUAGCAACCAGUACUUCAGCACUGCCUUGAAUUUUACUUUUUCCGUUAUUUGGUUUUUCAAUUCUAUUUACUCUUCUAUAGUCACUGUAAGUCCAGAUGCAAUCAAACAUGGUUUAUUUAGAUCUGUAUAAAUGUUAGUGAUCACUUUGCAGAACAGCUACACGCAAAAGACUAUAUACAAUGCACUAAUGAAGACAGCAAUGCUAAAAAUCACACUGCCCCACAGCACAGGUAUUGAGCGCUCGCUGGAGAUCAAUACACUACACUGCCCUGCAAACUGAACAGAGAGAAGCCUGCCACGCUAACGUUGCCUUACUCAGCUCUGUCCAUGUGUUUAUAUGACCUGUCUGUCCAUACACUUGCUUUCCAGCUAUCGUGCUGUCCUGAAAACAGAAAAAAAAGGAAAAAGACAAAAAAAUAUGCCAGUGCAUCAAUGGUCACUGUUUGUCUAUAUCUGUGAAAAGAAUCUUGUGCUGCUUUCUGUACACUUGGAGAUGUUUAACUUUAAGCUGUAAUUGUAUCAAAUAUUGUUACUGGCGAAAUGUUGUUUAAAGCGAAAUUAUCAAUUUGAUCCCUAGACACUGACAGAGUGAGAUAUUGUGCUAGCUAGAGAGCCAAAUGAGGAUUGCUCUCCUCUGAAUUUUCUUGUGUUCAUAUAAACAUACAGUCACUACAUGAAUCCUAUGAAGCUGCAUCUUUGUCAAGCUGCUAAUAGCUAAGAACGGUGCUAUACCAUCCAAAGUGAAAUUGGAGGUCAAUCUCCUACCAGCAGUGUAUGCACUUGUGUCGAAUGUUACACAUUUAUUUUGGUUUGAGAUACAUGGAAUCUGGACUUACGGUGUUAUGAUCAUUUAAAAAAAAUAAAAUAAAAAAAACUUUUAUGAAAUAGUCUGAUCAUAAAGCACUGUUGUAUCAUCCUUUCUACACUUCUGAAUCUUUACAGAAUAAACUGAAUACUCACCAAGCA